AUGGCAACCGCAGGGAAGGCGAUCCCGUGCAAAGCUGCAGUAGCAUGGGAGGCUGGGAAACCUCUCAUGAUGGAGGAGGUGAUGGUGGCACCUCCUAAAGCUGGGGAAGUUCGCCUCAAGAUUGUGGCCACUGGGAUCUGCCACACUGACUCCUACACACUAAGUGGCUCCGACCCUGAGGGAGUUUUCCCUGUAGUGCUGGGCCACGAGGGAGCCGGCAUCGUGGAGAGCGUGGGAGAGGGAGUCACCAAGUUUCAACCAGGGGACACGGUCAUACCCUUGUAUAUCCCACAGUGUGGAGAGUGCAAGUUCUGCAAGAAUCCCAAAACCAACUUGUGUCAAAAGAUCAGGCUCACUCAGGGCAAAGGCUUGAUGCCAGAUGGGACAACCCGUUUCACCUGCAAAGGCAAGAGCCUCUUCCACUUCAUGGGCUGUAGCACAUUCUCGGAGUACACCGUGGUGGCUGAGAUCUCCCUGACCAAGGUGGAUCCCAAGGCCCCUCUAGACAAGGUGUGUCUGCUGGGCUGCGGCAUCACCACUGGUUAUGGUGCUGCUGUAAACACUGCCAAGGUGGAGGAACUCUCAACCUGUGCAGUGUUUGGCCUGGGAGCGCUCGGCCUUGCAGCAAUCAUGGGCUGUAAAGCAGCGGGGGCAGCGAGAAUUAUUGGAAUUGACCUCAACCCCGACAAGUUUAAAACUGCUCGAGAGUUCGGCGCCACAGAUGUGGUGAACCCAAAGGACCACAGCAAGCCGAUCCAAGAGGUCCUGGUAGAGAUGACUGAUGGAGGUGUGGACUACUCCUUUGAAUGUGUGGGCAAUGUGGCAAUCAUGAGGGCAGCACUAGAGGCCUGCCAUAAAGGAUGGGGCACCAGUGUCAUCAUCGGGGUUGCAGCAGCCGGACAAGAGGUCUCCACCCGGCCAUUCCAGCUGGUGACUGGACGCACCUGGAAAGGCACUGCUUUUGGAGGAUUCAAGAGUGUGGACAGUGUUCCCAGACUGGUGGAGGAGUACAUGAACAAGAAUCUCAAAGUGGAUGAAUUCGUGACUCACACUCUGCCCUUUGACAAGAUUACUGAGGGCUUUGAUCUCAUGCAUGCUGGGAAAUGCAUUCGCGUGGUCCUGCAGUUAUAGAUGCAGCAGAGCACAGACAAACCAUGAUCUCACUCCAUGUGUACCCUGCUCAGUGUAAUAAAUAAACUUUCAAUAUCCUG